AUGCAGCCUGGCGUAAAGAAGUUGGAUGGGACCAGGAAGAGAAGUCAGGAAAACUCCAAGGUCGACGCCAAGAGAGGUGCAGAUAUAGACACGGGGACCGAUGUUAAGGGGGAGAAGGCUGCGAACAGAUCAGCCGACAUGAAGUACAAGUCUCUUGUAGAGCCGUCCCGCCAACAGAGUAGGAAAGAACAGUUUCUGAAAGCGUUUGAGAGACUUCAAACGAUGUCCAUGGAAGAGCUCCAGGUGGAGUUCAUUGUUUGCUUGCGAGCGAAGCAUUACAAGGAUGCUCUGAUGUACUCGGAGAUCAUCUUGAAUCAAGAUCCCAACAACCCGAUCAUACGCCAGUUUCAACCUCUGCUCGCAAGCAUUUCUGUUCAAGAAAAUGAGAGGCUGGUCGACUCCACAGACUCUGACGACACGGGCGAGGAAGGAGACGGUCGGGAUGAAGCUCUUGAAGGGGAGGAGCAGGAGGUCGAAGGAGGGGAGGGUGAAGGAGAGGAGGGCGCAUCAAACUCUGACAGCGAUGACCCCGAGACAAAUUGGAUGUGGUCGCCGACAUGGAGAACAGACGCAGAUGAGCUGAACCAGCGAGCGUAA